GCAGAGAGAGCAGGCAGGCAGGGAGGCUGGUAUUGUAUUUUUAAAGUCAUACCUGUCGUACUGUGUUCCUUCAGCCACACCUGUUGUAUUCAUCAGCAAUCUAUCUUCACUAUGGAUCUGACAGGAUACAGCUGUGCAGAUAAGGAUAGCCGGACAAGGGUUUACCAGAGACGGUUUUGGAUUCUGGCAGUAUUUUCAUUUUUGGCAUGGUUUCAGUGCGUACAAUGGGGCCUGUGGGGUCCCAUUAGUGAGAGUGUUGGUGCAGCUUAUGAAGGUUGGGGAUCUGAAACAGUGGCAAUGAUGUCCAACUGGGGCACAAUAACAUUUGCACUCUUUGUUGUGCCAAUGUGUUGGCUGAUGGACACCAAAGGGCUGCGUGUAGGUGUGAUUACUUGUGGUGUACUGGUUGCCAGUGCAACAGUCGCCAGAAUUAUCCCCUUUAUGACAGAUUCUGUUGAAUUCUUUACAGUAAUGUGCCACAUUGGAGCCAUAUUGAAUGGGAUAGCAGGGACACUAAUCAUGUCUGCUCCACCAAAGAUUGCAGCAGAUUGGUUCCCACCCGGUGAGAGAACUACAGCGACAGCUACAUCACAGGUGCUGAACCAGCUGGGGAUGGCAGGCAGUUACUUGCAACCCUUCUUCGUGCAUGCUCCUACUGGUGAUGUUACCAAGAACCAAAUUAGGAGUGAUAUUAAAAGACUUUUAUUCAUUUAUGCUGUUGUUGGAGUGACUGUGCUGAUUGCUAUCCUGGUGUACUUCCCUUCAAAACCUCCUGUUCCGCCAUCUGUCACAUCAGCUGUAGAAAGAUUGAACUUCAAAGCCACUUUUAAGAAGAUAAUUAGAAAUCGAGAUGUGUUGCUGGUGACAGUUGCGUAUUCCAUCUGUUUAGCAAUUCCUGCCGCCUGGCUUUCUGUGCUCAAUUAUUCUCUUAUUGAUCUGGGAAUGCAUCAGGAUGAUGCUAUGUGGGUUGGGCUGACAGCGGUGCUAGUGCAAGGUGUGGUCGGUCUUCUGGUGGGGCGUAUGACUGACUUAGUUUAUGGCUAUAUCAAGGUAUCACUUCUGGCUUUCAUGAUCACGUCUUUAUGCUGCUUUUAUUGGUUUUACCUCUUGACAAUGGGCUCCAUCACCGUAACAAAAUGGCAGAUUUUUUGUUCUGUAGUGAUUGGAUUAGGGUUCAAUUUCGCCAAUGCUCCACUUUUCAUUGAGUUCGCUGUGGAAAGUGCCUACCCCUGCCCAGAAGUCUAUGUUGGUGGCCUUCUCACUGGUACCAUGAACUUCAUUGGACUGAUAUUCCUCUUCAUCUUUCUUAUUCCUGAUUUAGGCUAUAAAUGGGUGACCUAUGUCCUCUUGAGCUCCAGUUCCCUGUCACUGAUUCCUCUUUUGAUUGUACGAGAAGAGUAUUCACGAUCAAACAUUGAUCGUAGUGUUGGCACUGAUCUGCCAACAAUACCUGGAGCAAGUGAAAAAGGUACUUUACAUCAAUUAUCCAUUCAGUAACUACAGAUAGGCAUAUAUGUAUCACUGAGUCUGGGUGACCUAAGAAGAAAAACAAAAGUUUUUCUUUUCAAAUUUAGUAAUUUAUACAGAAGUUGUUACUAGCCCUCUGCUCCCGCAUCUUAGUCACCUCCUAUGGCACACAUGGCUUACGGAGGAAUUCUUUUUUUCGCUUCCCCAUGGAGAUAUGUAUAUAGUCAUACCUCGUUUUGUCAUUUCGACAUGCGUCAAAUUCACCUUUAUGCCACUUUUCUAGGGUAAAUUUCAGUUCGGCAAACGUCAUUACGUCCGACUUUGUCACUCAGCAACAUCACCUACAUCAGUUUUUUUAAUUGUUCAUUAUUAAUUAAAAAAUAUGACUAAAAUUUGGUUAUGUCAUGGCUUUUGGAACCAGUUAAUGAAAUAGGGCAGGGUAUGACUGUAAAAAUAUCAUAUUUGAUAAGUUUUCAAAAUAUUUCUAGCCUGAAUCACAUUAGAAAAAUGUAGAAUAGUAUGAAAAGCCUAUAAACUGCAUUGUUAGUGCAGAAAUACGAAGUCCCUGUUUUGGUAAAUGUAAUUUUACACACGCAAGGUUAUUUGGGUAUCAUUGCAGUUAUGGUAUGUUUUAUUCUAAAUGUCAUUUAAUUAGCAAAGCUGUUGUGACCCAUAUGGGUUUAGUGCUUUUUCAACAUUCAGCAAGAAUAUUAAUGUUUUUUUUUUUUUUACCUCAAAUUUUAGUUUUAAAAAACUAAAAUUUUUUGUAAUUUCCAAGGUAUAUAACAGUUGCUUGUUAGUGAUAUUUGCUCUUUCUUAAAAAUUUCCAUUACAAGAAAAAGCUAAAUAAACCCAUACGCUCAUUCAUCCCUUCAAGGGAAGCAUUACUGAGAUACCAGUAAAAGUCUGUUCAAACCUAAUUACCUCCCAUUCACCAGGUACUGUGAUCCUAACAGAUUCUUUCCAUGAAUGUAAUAUUACUGUUUUUUAACUUUAGAUGAUUCACAAAAAGUAAGCUAUUGAUAGUUUUGUUUCCAGUCACAAGCAGCUAUGUAGGCAUAAAAAGUGUAAUUUUUAUUGAUUCUGCCAUUUACAAAUCCCAACCAAGGUUAUGAAUACUAACAAUUUUUAUUUUUAGAUUUUUACUAGUGUUUGUACAUACAGUGCAAGAAAAGUAUAAUUUCUAUGUGGUACAGUAUUUACAGUGAAAUCUGUAAGCUUCAUAUUUUUUCUUAAGGUUUGCAGUUACACUAACCAGGGCAAAUCAGAGUUCUUCGUAGUGUUACGUGUACAUCUUGGCUUUUUACUCAAUUCAUGAUUUAAAUUUUAUUGCUUUCAUUUGUCACAUUCCGUACACACUCAUUGUUCUACAUUACACUGAUGGCAUAACUAUAUCCCUUUUAUUAUUCUGUCCUUGGCCA